AUAAUGAACAGACCAAUAAUGUCUUAAGAGAGAAAAAGAACAUCCUUUUCCUUUUUGCUGUUUCUUGAGUGAACUGUUUGGAUUUGGAAACCCAUGUUGGCUGUCCAGAAUAUGAAAGUUGGUGCUUUCCUUUUGUGGUGGGGAUGGGUUCUGGCUACUGAAAGCAGAGUACACUGGCGAAAAAGAGAAGUACAGGAGAUGCCGAAGAAAGGCAGCCCAAUUCUUAAACGAAGCCCUGAUAUUACCAAAUUGCCAUUGACAAAAUCAGAGCAGCUUCUGAGGAUAGAUGACCACGAUUUCAGCAUGAGGCCUGGCUUUGGAGGCCCGGCCAUUCCUGUUGGUGUGGACGUGCAGGUGGAGAGCUUGGACAGCAUCUCAGAGGUGGACAUGGACUUCACCAUGACCCUGUAUCUGCGGCACUACUGGAAAGACGAGAGGUUGUCCUUCCCCAGCACCAACAACCUCAGCAUGACGUUCGACGGCCGGCUGGUGAAGAAGAUCUGGGUCCCCGACAUGUUUUUCGUGCACUCCAAGCGCUCCUUCAUCCACGACACCACCACGGACAACGUGAUGCUGCGCGUCCAGCCCGACGGGAAAGUGCUCUACAGCCUCAGGGUUACAGUGACUGCAAUGUGCAACAUGGACUUCAGCCGAUUUCCCCUGGACACACAAACGUGCUCGCUGGAAAUUGAGAGCUAUGCCUACACGGAAGACGACCUCAUGCUGUACUGGAAGAAAGGCAAUGACUCCUUGAAGACGGACGAGCGGAUCUCCCUCUCCCAGUUCCUCAUCCAGGAGUUCCACACCACGACCAAACUGGCCUUCUACAGCAGCACAGGCUGGUACAACCGUCUGUACAUUAACUUCACGUUACGUCGCCACAUCUUCUUCUUCUUGCUCCAAACCUACUUCCCUGCCACCCUGAUGGUCAUGCUGUCCUGGGUGUCCUUCUGGAUUGACCGCAGAGCUGUGCCUGCCAGAGUCCCUUUAGGGAUCACCACGGUGCUGACCAUGUCCACCAUCAUCACCGGCGUGAACGCCUCCAUGCCCCGCGUCUCCUACAUCAAGGCGGUGGACAUCUACCUCUGGGUCAGCUUCGUGUUCGUGUUCCUCUCGGUGCUGGAGUACGCAGCCGUCAAUUACCUGACCACCGUGCAGGAGCGGAAGGAGCGGAAGCCGCAGGACAAGCUCCCCUGCACCUGCGGCCUACCCCAGGCGCGCGCUGUCCUGCUGGAUGGCAGCUACAGUGACGUGGAGGUGAAUGACCUGGGCAGCUACACACCCGAGAACGGAGACAAACCUGACAGGAUGAUGGUGCAGCUGACGCUGGCCUCGGAGAGGAGCUCCCCCCAGAGGAAAAGCCAGAGGAGCAGCUAUGUGAGCAUGAGGAUUGACACCCACGCCAUUGAUAAAUACUCCAGAAUCAUUUUCCCAGCUGCAUACAUUUUAUUCAAUUUAAUAUACUGGUCCAUUUUCUCAUAAAUGCCUUUAAUUCU